GUCACACCAGAGGGGGGGUGGGAAGGCGAAGUCAUCGGACGUUGCCAAGCAAUGCUGUGGAAUGUUGCCGUGGCCGGUCAGAAGAGAGAAGUUGAGUAAGGGGCAGUCGGACGGGGGGGACAGUCUUUGCUUUUCAACUCCCAGAGCAACUGCCGCCAACUGAUCGCUGCAUGGAAGGGGACUCAAUGUUUCCCCCCUUGGCGCUCUUGGCGGAGGGGUCUUGGCCUUCUCAGUCGGGAAUUCACUGAGAGGUGCGGGUGAUUUUCUCUCUACCCCUUGUGUCUCUCCGUCUCCAAAUGGGGGAGGACGGACGAUCACAAGACCCGUUCUAUGCUAUGUACGGUCUGCGGAAUCCCUCCCAGGGGAGAAUGUCAUCACCUUCUCCUUGCCCUUUGGUGGCAUUGGCAUUGACACAUUCCCAAUGGUUACCUACUAUGACCCUCUCUCCUGCCACGGCUGCCCCUACGAUUGACGCCGAGUUCUGGACCCUCAAGCAAGGCAGCGGCAUCUGGCCUAGCAGCCCAAGCAACAAUCUUAUAUUCCGUGUAUCCAACUUACUGUACAUGGUAUGGUAUUGUGGUUACGGCGAACGAGGGCCAGGCCGAGCUUUCACCAAAAGUACCUCCCAAGGUGCAGAGGUGCAGCAUGGGCGGAAUUCCGAAUCCUUCCAUGAAAAGAAUCGAACAUGCCACCCAUCUGGUGAGCUCGGAGAGACAGGUGCGGGUUGCAGCUGUCAUGACGGCAACCUCGCAUACGGUACAUCCGGUCUGAGUGCGGGCUAAGCUAAACUUGAGGGAGGAGGGGGAAAGAAGCAAGU